CCCCCCCCCCCCCUAAUGUGUCUAACAUGUGUAUAUCCUGUAGAUCCUGUAUAUCCUACCCUCCUAUCACAGCAGACUUGACCUAUCACUUGCUCCACUCUUCCAAUCGACGCGUCGCUGCCCGAAAACAGACGGUGCUAGUCUUGCCAGCUAAAAAUUUUUUUUUCCCAUGGUGGCGAAAAAAAAAGGAGGAAAUUGAAUUGUACACUGAAUGUCGCACGUCUCGCCCCUUUCCGUUGAUCUCGUUUCUGGCCUCUCUGUGUUGCUGUUGGGCUUUUUUGCCAGCUGGAUGAUCUAGCUUGCGACGUUGUCUGCUUGGCUGUUUGGUUGCGCAUUCGUUCCCCUCCUGGCAAAGCAGUAUCCAGAAACACAGCAUGGCACAACAACAAGUUCCUACAUUCAAGCUCGUCCUUGUCGGUGACGGUGGUACCGGUAAGACCACCUUUGUCAAGAGACAUUUAACUGGUGAAUUUGAAAAAAAGUACAUGGCCACCUCUGGUGUCGAGGUCCACCCAAUGUCCUUCUACACCAACUUCGGUGAAAUCAAGUUCGACGUCUGGGACACUGCCGGCCAAGAGAAGUUCGGUGGGUUGAGAGAUGGCUACUACAUCAACGGCCAAUGUGGUAUCAUCAUGUUCGACGUCACCUCCAGAAUCACCUACAAGAACGUGCCAAACUGGUACAGAGACUUGGUCAGGGUCUGUGAAAACAUCCCAAUUGUCCUCUGCGGUAACAAGGUCGACGUCAAGGAGAGAAAAGUCAAGGCCAAGACCAUCACUUUCCACAGAAAGAAGAACUUACAAUAUUUCGACAUCUCCGCCAAGUCCAACUACAACUUCGAGAAGCCAUUCUUAUGGUUGGCCAGAAAGUUGGUUGGCAACAACCAAUUGGAGUUUGUCGAGUCCCCAGCCUUGGCUCCUCCAGAGGUCACUGUCGACUCCGACUUGAUGGCAAAAUACCAAGCCGAAAUGGACCAAGCUGCUGCUAUGCCAUUGCCUGACGAGGAUGACGCUGAUUUAUAGAGGGUUUGGCCUGCAAAGGGAAACGCUCCCGAGCUACUCUUUCGUUCAUUCCCUCUCUCCGUCACGAAAAUCUGUCUAUGGCGGUUCACCCCCUCCAACCCGCUCCUUUGUCAUAGGCAUUUGUACUUUAGUAUCUUCCAUUUUAUACUAGUCCAUUUAAUAUAAAAUAGUAAUAAUAACCCUACUUGUGAUCUUGCUUUCCUCUUCUUCCUGUUCCUCCUCCUCUUGUAGGGGACUUGUACCGACCCUUCCCACCUCUUCAAAGGCCUAUCCCAGGACGAUCGACGCAAUCGACGCGUCGAUCGUCUUGGCGGCAUUUUUCCAGCCGAGUCCGUAGCAAAUUCAGCCAAUGAGAUCCCGCUCUCGCC